UACAUACACGCACGAUACAAUACAAAAAACCAGAAUCCAUAACUUUUUUCCUGAAAAAUCAAAACUUCUUUGUUUCAAAAAUUUGACCCACACAAACACACAACAUGUCAUCAAGCAGCAGCAAAGGCAAAGGACCGGAGCUCACGGAUGAAGAAGACACCACCAACGACGCCGCCGGCGAAGAAGAAGAUACCGGAGCCCAGGUUACUCCGAUUGUCAAACUUAAAGCCGUCGCCGUUUCCACCGGUGAAGAAGAUGAAAACGCUAUCCUCGAUCUUAAGGCAAAGUUAUAUAGGUUUGAUAAGGAUAGUGAUCAGUGGAAAGAAAGAGGUGCUGGUUCUGUUAAGCUGUUAAAGCAUAAAGUAACUAACAAAGUUCGUCUCCUUAUGCGACAAGCCAAAACCCUCAAAAUCUGUGCUAAUCAUUGGAUUCUUCCGACUAUAUCAAUUCAAGAACAUGUUGAAAACGAGAAGUCAUGUAUUUGGCGAGCUUCUGAUUUUUCUGAUGGUGUACUCAAAGAUGAGCUUUUCUGCAUGAAAUUUCAAACCAUUGACAUUCGUAGGCAGUUCAUGAAAACAGUUCAACAAGUGGCUGAGUCUCAACUGAACAAGAACAGAGUGACCGUGUCUCGACAGGAUAAGGAAGAGAAUGGAGUGGCCAAGUCUCCGCAGGCUGUGGAGAACAAAGUGGCUGAGGCUCAACAGGACGAGAAUGAAGAUGCCUCAAAUGCUGCUCGGAUGCUUGAGAACUUAAGUGUUGAAGAUAGAGCCCAAAAGGGAGAACCAGAAUCAAAGUCAGAGGUGAAGAAGGAAGAGGCUCCAGCUUCUUCAACUUAAAUCGUUAGCUUAUUAUUUUGAAACAAGCAAGGUCAAGUAUCGCUUUUCCCCUAGUGUCACUAAACCAAGUUUUUAAAGUUGCUAUGUCAUGGGAAUUAAGUAUGUCAUUGGGGUUCUGAUGAAACUUUUGGUUAUGCUGCCAUUUGAAGGUCAAGUGUCAAAUGUUUGGUCUUGUUUUGUUCUAGUUGGUUUUAGAGAUGCUAAAUAGUACAUCUGUCCAUGGCAUGCUUCGCAGGUAGUUGUAUAUGAGUUUACUUGUGUUUAAAGUGGCAAAACCAUGGUAGUAGAACAUAUUAUUUUGGCCUGUUGAUAUCAAUUGUCACUAUAUCACUGCAGAGGUUAUUCA